CUUUUAUGAUCAUUUGUGCAUAAAGGAUAUUUCCCCAUGAAUUGUAUUCAUUGCAGCAUCCUUCACGAAAUGCAGAUGACGCGAUGAGUAGCGUUUGAAUGUUAAAUACAUCACAUUAAAACCUCGAGAUUUUUUAUUUCCCAUUUUACAUUUUUGAGGACUUUUUUUUUUGUUAUUCAUAGUGAUGGAAAGGAUUACAUCAUAAAAACAUCCUCGUAGAAAUGGGAAAAUGGGAGCUGAAUAUGGAGCCUGUUCAAGAGUGGGGUGAGGAGCACGAAGAUGGGGCGGUUUUUGGGAUCACCCUGCGUAGAGAGCCCAUUCAACAGUCGGCCGAGCCCACAGAGGCUUUCGUACAGUACCGAACAUGUAAGGUACGCAGGUUAAAAGCGGCCACACUGGAGAAGCUGGUGUCUCACUUACUGGACCCCUGCUGUCAAGAGCAAGACUACAGCAGAAUCCUGCUGUCUACGUAUCAUACUUUCACUAGUACCAACAAACUCAUCGAAAUGCUCUUCCAAAGUGACAAUCUUGCCUCUGUACUUGACAGCAACAAGUACCAUAAAAGUUCUUUGUGGACUUUGCUUCAGACCUGGUUGGAAGAGUACAGUGAAGAUUUCAGAGAUCCUCCCAUGCAUUCUUCACUACGUCUCAUGUGUUUACAGCUGAGAGGACAUUCCUCUCUCUUCACACUGGCUAAACGCUAUGAAGCUCUCCUUAAGAAAUUCCAGACUGAAGAUAUUCUGGCUAGUCAGUCGGUCAAUAACAUGGAAGAACGUGACGGUGAUCAAGAGGGGAAGAACUUUGAAUUGGAUUUCACUGACUUCUCCAUCACAGAUGUUGCCGAACAGCUCACCCGAAUGGAUGCUGAACUAUUUAUGAAGGUGGUUCCCUUCCAAUGUCUGGGCUGUGUUUGGUCUCAACGAGACAAAAAGGAGAACCUCUCACCCACUAUUUGGGCCACCAUCGCGCAGUUCAAUAUGAUCACCAACCGGGUCAUCACCUCUCUGCUUUGCCCCUCGUCCAACCUAGUCCCGCCCCACUGCCCCACCUCGACAACCACGCAAAGAGCCAGAGUCAUUGAAAAAUGGAUUCGAGUUGCACAGGGGUGCAGAGAGCUAAAGAACUUCUCCUCUCUCAGGGCUAUUUUGUCGGCCCUUCAAUCCAGCCCCAUCUACAGACUUAAGAAGACCUGGGCGGCUGUGAGCAGAGAGGCGAUGUCUGUCUUUGAAAACCUGUGUGAAACAUUUCCAGACGAGAACUGUGUUCUGACCAGCAGAGAAAUCUUUGUGGAUCGCUCUGCUGAUGGGACAGUUCCAUACUUGGGGACAUACCUAACAGUACUGACCAUGCUGGACACUGCCUUACCCAACACUGUGGAGGGUGGCCUCAUUCAUUUUGAAAAGAGGAGAAGGGAGUAUGAGAUUUUAAGGCAGAUUUGUCAGCUGCAGUCUUCGUGCUCUCAGUAUGUUUUACCUCAUCAUCCUCACAUUGCUGUCUGGCUGCAGAACCAGAACCUGCUUUCAGAUCAGGAGAGCUAUGAACUUUCCAGACAGCUGGAGACUCCUCAAGCCACUUCUCCAUCAUCCAGCAGUGGCUGGAGUCACCGCACUCUCAGCAAAAAACUCUCCUCGCUGUUGUCGGGGAACGAGGGUUCCAGAAAGAAUGCAGAUCAGAUCAGUGUGUCCUCCUCUGGAUCCAGCAGCUCUGAGAUGGAGGAAAUUUCUGCUUCUCUAUCACUGUCUCUUAUAACACCGUCCUUGUCCAGCUCUGGCCAGAACACGGCUGAAGCUUUUCCCUUCUCUUCUUCUCCCGACAACUCCACCAUGUCUAGUUCUUCUUCCAGUUCGCAGCAGGACCUCAGCAUUAGUCCAUCUUCCUCCUCAGCAUCAGCUGACCCUCACCUGGUUUCCACCCAUAAACGGUCCGUCUCUAUGACCACCCUGCCCUUCUACAACAGACAGGUGGACGACUCCUGCAUCAUCAGGGUCAGCAUGGAGUUCUGCAGCAAUGGCAACAUGUACAAGAGCAUACUGUUAACCAGUCAGGAUAAAACGGCCCAGGUGAUCCAGAGAGCUCUGCAAAAACAUAACCUGGAGGAUGUCAGUGAGCAGGAUUUCACCCUCAUUCAAGUUCUGGCCCAGGGCAGAGAGUUACAUAUUCCAGAGAAGGCCAACGUAUUUUAUGCCAUGUCUACAUCAGCCAACUAUGACUUUGUUCUACGCCGAUGCCUAAAGGGCCAACGGAAACAACUCAUACGCUCUGUUUCACUUUUAUCAGGACGAGCCACAAAAUAACAGUGCCAGCGUUGAUUCAUGAGGAAUUAUACAAUCUACAUAAACAUAUUUUUCAUGGAAAACUGAAAUUGAAAUGAAUCUUUUUAAGAAAAACUAACUUCUCUGAGAAGUGUUGACAGCCAAAUAAGGCUCUUGGUUGGGAAAGCAAAUGUCACAGGUUCAACUCAUAACACUGAGACAUUGCUUCAGCUGAACUGUCAACUGCCUAAUAACUAGAAAACAGAAACUGUGCCUUCUUGAAUUUCUUACAUUCAGUGCAGUGGGGUGAAUACAGUAUAAUGGGUUGAAACAAUGUUUUUCAAUUCCCUUAAGCUUUCUCUCUCUCUCUGCACUAUUAUAAAGAGACAAUACAAGGCAAUAUCAGAUAUGAAAACCCAACAACUUUGAAUAGAAACACUACUACACACCUACAUGCAUGGGAUGAGACUUUUAUGGAGGUAAAAUUUCACACAGUUCCUGUAACUAAUGGAACACGGACACAUGAUCAGUUCACGGUGUUCCUUGUAAUUGUACCAUGAUGCAAGUCUGUUGGUGUGUGUGUGUGUGUGUGUGUGUGUGUGCGCGUGUGCGUGUGAGAGAGAGAGAGAGUGCGUGUGAGAGAGAGAGAGAGAGAGAGAGAGAGAGAGAGAGGCUGCUCCAACAGGUAAAGUGCCAUUCCAAAGACACUUUUCACAUUGUUGGUCCAUUACUGGUUCACUGUCACAUGUGAUAUCAUUUAAAUGUAAUUUGAUGAAAUCAGUUCAUAAAAAUAACUGCACUUCUGCUGGGUUAUGAUGUAAGUGUGGCUGUACAUUUGAUAGAUAUUUUCACACCAUUUGCCCUAAUAUCCUCCUUCCUCCAAAUCAAAUACAGUAAACUGACUCUCAACUAACAAUUUGUGCUUUGAAAGACACAAUAUACUGUUAUCUAAUAUACUAUAUUUAAAUGUAGAUAUUUUAGUACUACAGUGUUUAUUUAGUUUAUAUAGUAGUAUCUACAUAUAGAGCAACAGUGUACAAUAUAAGAUGAUAUGAAUAUGUUAACUCUAAACUUUAACAUUAUUUUCUUUUUCACUCAGUGUACUCUGAAGCUUUCAACAUUUCACGGAUGUACUUAGAGCAUAUUCGUUGAAAAGCAAUGCAUUUACAUGAUUACCAUACUUUCA